AUUGGAGAAUGGAAGUCUAGUCUUCUGUCCAAAGCUCUAAUGGAGGUUCCUAAGUAAAAGUCUUCAAAGAUCUUGCCCCCCGGCUCCUAUGGAGACACCUAGUUUUGGACUUCUCCUCACUGUCUGCUUCAUUCUCUCUUUCAAUUUGGCUUUCUCCGAUUCUUCAAAUGUACCUAUCGGAAUCCACCCUCUAGAUGAGAAGUACUUUGUUUCAGAGGUGAUCAAGUGCAAAGAUGGAUCGAAUUCUUUCACUAGAGAUCGUAUUAACGACGAAUUUUGCGACUGCAUCGAUGGGACUGAUGAACCUGGAACAGCAGCUUGCCCUGCUGGUAAGUUCUAUUGCAGGAAUGCAGGAAGUGCACCUCGGUUUUUAUUCUCUUCUCGUGUGAAUGACCAAAUUUGUGACUGUUGUGAUGGAAGCGAUGAAUAUGAUGGCAGCAUUCUCUGUCCUAAUACAUGUGUCAUGGGUGGGCAUGCCGAAUAUAAGACGAUAAAUUAUGGAUCUAGAGUCACUAGAUUUGGUUCUGCUGGCACCAAACGCAACAGGGUUGGACUUACCGGGGAAGACACGAGCCAGAAGCUCCAAGGUCUGAAGACUGUGACAAUCGUACAAGUGAUUCUUAUCGCUUUUCUAGUCUUCCUUUGUUUGUGUCGUAGACGUGCCAAAUCUAGGAGGAGAAAUUCCCGUUGAUCAACACAUAUCAAGUGUUGUCACUAAUUUGAUCUUGGUAUGAUCUCAUUUCUCAAUUAUAUCAGUUCAUGCAAAAUAUAUAUCUGAAGUGAUUUCAUAAUUAUAUCAGUUCAUUUGCCACUUUUGUUGCCACUAUGUCUACAGAAACAACCUCUCUGCACAUAUAAAAGGUCUGUGUACAUCGUACCUUCAAACCUUACCUGCUUGAGAUUUACUGGGUUAUGUUUGUCACUUUGUAUGUAUGCAUGCAUGCAUGCAUGUAUAUAUGUAUACAUACACAGCAUCCAUGGUUUAAGAUGAGUCACAUGAUGUAGGGAACUUAUUUUUGAAGGAUAUACGACAAAUAUUCAUGCAUAC